AGACCAGACCUCAAAUGACUUCGAAUUUUCGAAACUUGAAACCCUCUUCAAACGCAUAGCUCCAAACACCAGACACCUGAUCUGCACAGUCACACGCUCUCAGUGACCAAACCAAUCGAACCAUGGCCGCCGAUAGAUCCCAAACCCUAGAACCCCAAAUCUCCGAACACCACGACGACGAGAGUGACCUCGAAGAGCUCGACAAGUUAGAGGCCGACGUGAACCGAAUGGCUCAGAGAAUUCUUGAGUACAGAACGACACUACCAGAUCAACUCAAGAACACUCUCGCUUCGGUUCUCGCUUCACAGAGACCCGUUCUUGUGACCCAUCCCGAAGACGGGUCCGAACCCGGUCCCUCGGGCUACCCCAAUCCAGAUGCAGGAGGACUCAUUCAAUUAGGUAAAGGGGUCUCAAAAGCAGAAGAAGAUCAAGAGACAGCUAAGAAAACACAAUUGCUUAAACGAAAGAUUACUGGUAAUGUCUCUGCUAUGCCUAUCGUUUUGAAGAGGGUGAAAGAAUGUAUGACUAGAAUUGACAAUCUAGAUUCAUGCAAGGGGACCAUCCAUCCCGUUUUUAGAAGGAAACGGACUAGCUGACCCAGUUAAUUUCACAUUUGCUUGAUUGUUGGUAAGCUGUUAAUUUGAGUUAAAAGGAGUGUGUUGUUACAGUUGACAGCUUCAAUCUGUACAAUCAUUCUUGGUGUUGAAAAAGAAAGGAGUUUACUAGCAAGAUCCGUAUUUCCAGUGCUUAUCUUUUUGUAAUUACUCAAAAGCAUUGAGUUUGAUAUGUAUUAUAAUUUAUAACAUGUUGCUGACAGCGACAGUAGUCUGGUAGCUUAUUUUGGUGUAUUAAAUCAUUAAAUGUGAGAUAUGAUGUGCGGUUGAGAUUAAUUUUUACACUCAUGCCGUUGUGCUGCUUUAUUUGCA